AUGUCCAACAACGCAGUUGGAAAUGUCUAUUCUCAGAUUAUCGACGAGGUGAUUAACUCAUCGCGUGUCGACUUCGAGGAGGGAGGAGUUGAUGAGAACGUCCUAGAGGAACUCAAGAAAGGCUGGCAGGAGAAGUUGUCGCAGCUCGAAGUGGCAAGCUUCCCAUGGGACCCCAAGCCUGAAGCCGCUCCUCCUGCCGCCCCCCCUCCGACAACUGCAGUUCCCCCACCUCAAGCUGCCCCCUACUCCCAGGCUCAAUUGAGUCCUCAACCGCCUUUGCCCGGCCUGCCGCUUCCUGUCGCCCCAGCUGAUCAGGCCAGGAACCUUGCUGUUAAGGAAGAGCCCUACAUCAAGCCCGAGCCUGGAUUGCAGAAUGUCGCCUUACCUCCCUCUCAAACAGAUGCUCAAGGCGCCAAUCUUGCUGCCAUUCGCGCUGCGCAGCAUGUCCGUGGCCAGUUCGGCGAGAAGGGCGCAGGCUCCAUCAACGCGAUUCAGUCCUCUGCCACCAACAGGCCUGCUGGCCAGCCUCCCCUCCCGCAGAUGCCUGGCCAGCCUGUACAGCAACAGUACCGACCCAGCCAACCCCAGCAGCCAGGCCAACAACAACGGCCUACGAGCAAUGGCCAACCUGGCUUAAACCCCUCGCAGACUGACGGCGCCAUCGACGACGACUUCGACUUCGAGGGUGUUUUGCUCCAGCGCAAUGCGGACGGCACCCAGCGCGAGCUCGGCCGCGUCGACAUCGAUCGCAUGAUCCACGCGCGAAUUGCUGCCAACGCGAAGAGCAUGGAAGGCGGCGGACUGAUGCUGCCUCUGAAGGAAGCGACAAAACACAAGGCUGCUGCGAACUCGCGUUCCAAGGGCAAGGAACACGGUGUUGCCCCUUACGACGGCUAUGACGAUGAUGAACUGGACGAUGACGCUAUCAACUCGGAUCUUGACGAUCCUGAUGAGGACAAGGAUGAGGAUGAAGUCGAUGACGAGGGCUUAGGCCACAUCAUGCUCUGCAUGUACGACAAGGUUCAGCGCGUCAAGAACAAGUGGAAGUGCAUCCUGAAGGAUGGCGUUCUCACUGUCAACGGCAAGGAAUACGUUUUCCACAAGGCCACUGGAGAGUACGAGUGGUAA